CGGGCACACCAGUCGCGCUCAGAAAGCUGCGCCUGUACUUCCACUUUAGCGGGCAACCCAAGUUAGGUCCAAUUCCAUUGGCAUCAUCUCCAUCGACGUCUCAGAACUCCAAACCAUUGAACUUCCACUUGGGCUGACAGCUUUUGAUUUCCUUCUUCUUCGCAGUUGCAGGGCACCUUUCACCCAAGAGCAGAUUGGAUCCAUCUUCACUAGGUAACCAUGUUGAACACUCGCCAAAGGAGCACCGUAGAGCGCCUUGACAGGCCAAGUGCAUACUUUUUCAACAAGAAUAGGCGCAACAGACGUCACGACCGGGACCACCGCGAUGGAGAAAAUGAAGACAGUAACAUGCAUCCCGAAGCGUUCGAUGACCCGUUGAAGGAUGCGACCACUCUCUACGUCGGCAAUCUUUCCUUCUACACUACCGAAGAACAGGUUUACGAACUCUUUAGCAAAUGCGGCGAGAUCAAGCGCUUGGUCAUGGGCCUCGAUCGCUUACAAAAGACACCGUGCGGUUUCUGCUUCGUCGAAUACUACACCCAUCAGGACGCUCUCGAUUGCAUGAAGUACAUUGGCGGCACCAAGUUGGACGAGCGCAUCAUCCGAACUGAUCUCGACCCAGGCUUCGAGGAAGGGCGACAGUACGGCCGUGGAAAGUCGGGCGGCCAAGUUCGUGAUGAGUACCGUGAGGACUACGACGAGGGCCGCGGUGGUCUUGGCCGGCAAAUCCAGGCCGAGAGAAUGAGGGAGCAUGACCACAAGCGCUACGACGAUAACGACGAACAGUACGGCCGCUUGCGCUAGAGUAAUCAUUGCAUGGGAGUUACGUGGGACAAUGAGGGAGUGCAUCAUGAUUCAGUGCACAGAUAUUCAACCAGUCGUCAUGACAAAUCGACACAAAAUAUGCAAGCCGGCUCUGAAAUUACGGAUUUUGUUCAUUCAGGGCAAGUGGAGGCGGAACAGAGAAGCGUGAAAGACAAAUACCCCCUUGGAA